UAUCUCUCUUUUAUAAUAUGCAUGAAUUAAUUCUUAAUAUAUGAAAAUGAAAGUCAUUUUAAAGGUGAGAAAUAGCCCGACAUGUACUAUUGAGAAAAACUCUUGUUACAGACACGCACGAACAACAAUCAGAGCGUAAUGGAGAUCAAUGCCGAUGAUUCAAAACUGGUGGUUCUCAUCACGGGUUGCUCCGGUGGAGGAAUAGGUCAUGCGCUUGCGCGCUGCUUUGCGGCCAACAACUGUAUCGUGGUGGCCACCAGUAGGUCGCGUUCCACCAUGAUGGAUUUAGAGCACGACUCCAAGUUCUUUCUGCAAGAGCUCGAUAUUCAGUCCGAUGAAAGCGUGAACAGAGUUGUUGAUACUGUUAUGAAUAAAUACGGCCGCGUCGAUAUUCUAGUCAAUAACGCCGGUAUUCAGUGUGCCGGUCCAACAACCGAUCUUCCUCUAUCUGAGAUCAAAAACACUUUCGAAACCAAUGUGUUUGGUUCUUUGAGAAUGAUCCAGGCGGUGGCUCCUCACAUGGCAGCUAGGAAACAGGGAAAGAUUGUGAAUAUUGGCAGUAUUGCGGGGUUGGCCGCUAGACCUUGGGCGGGUGCUUAUGCUGGUUCUAAAGCUGCUCUUCAUGCUUUGACAGAUGCAUUAAGAUUGGAACUUGGACAUUUUGGAAUUGAUGUUGUGAACGUUAUCGGUGGCUAUGUGAAAUCAAAUAUUGCAAAGUCUCUCCUAUCCAACUACGAAAGCAUGCUAGAGUGGAAACUGUUCAAGCCAUUUGAAGCAGGAUUCAGAGAGAGACUUGUAGGUGCUCAGAGACAGAGUUCAAAAAUCACCCCUACAGAUGAGUUUGCUAAACACACUGUAGCUGCUGUUCUUAAGAAGAAGCCACCUGCAUGGUUCUCCUAUGGUAAAUGUAGUACUGUCAUGGCUAUCAUGUACCAUUUACCUCUUUGUGUUAGAGAUUUUCUUUUUAAGAAAGACAUGAAACUCUGAGCUACAUAUCAUAUUCUCAUUCUGGGGGAAUGUCUUGUUAUUAAGUCUUUUAAUAAGGGUAGCUUAUAGCCGUUUUGAAUUUUGGAGGUUAUGUAGGUUGGUCAUAGUUUGAUUGUGGAAAAAAUAAUAUAUACUCUAUUUUAUUA